AAGCAGGAGGGGCACCUGUUUGUGAAGCAGGAGCCAGAUAGCCAGACUUGGGGACAGAGUGGUCUCCAGAAGAAUCAUCCUCCUGUCUGUGAAAUCUUCCGACUGCAUUUCAGGCAGUUAUGUUACCAUGAGAUGUCUGGGCCUCAAGAGGCUCUGAGCCGACUCCGGGAGCUCUGCCGCUGGUGGCUGAUGCCAGAAGUACACACCAAGGAGCAGAUCCUGGAGCUGCUGGUACUGGAGCAGUUCCUGAGCAUCCUGCCCGGGGAGCUCCGGACAUGGGUGCAGCUGCAUCGUCCCGGGAGUGGGGAGGAGGCCGUGGCUGUGGUGGAGGAUUUCCAGAGACACCUCAGUGGAUCAGGGGAGAUUUCAGCCCAUGCAGAGGAACAGGAAAUACAUUUGGAAGAGACAACAACUCAGGAUACAACAGAGGAAUCACCAUCUACCUCACCCCUCAGUAGGGGCUCAGCUCCUAGAGCCCAGCUAGAGUCACUCCAUGACCCUGUGGUACAGCAUCUCGCCAUCGGGCACUUUGCUCCACUUAUUUCUCCAGUUCCUGCCCUUCCCCAAAUGGGGAACUCAGGAGACCAAGCAGUGGCAACUGUGCUUCGGAUGGUCAGGCCCCAGGAGUGUGCAGCAAAUGAAGUCCCGUCUAUGGACUACAGUCAGAAGAAGUGGAAAAGUCCAGCACUUAGUCAGAGAGCCCUCUGCCGGACCGUGAUGAUGGGAAAUUAUCACAGCAUGGCCUCAUUGGCAGGUGAGAACAGAAUGGAGAGUUCAGACUUGGCUCCAAAGCAAGAAAUUUCUAAGGGAGCAAGGUCAUCCGAUAGGACACCAGGAUCACUCUGUGGGAUGGUUCCUGAGACACUGGAAGCUGGAGAUGCUUAUGAAGAUCUAGAAAGGAAGCCCUUAAAUGAAUUUAGGAGCAGACUAGAAAGCAAAUUUUUAGAAAUUAUAGAUGAGGAUAAAAAACAUCCCACAAAAGACAGUUGUAUACAAUAUAAGGAACCUGAGGAACAUUUUGAUCUGUCCUCCAGUCCUGCUGAACAUCAGGGAGUUCUGAAGGGACAGAAAUUCUAUCAGUGUAAUGAAUGUGGCAAAGCUUUCAAUAGAAGCUCACACCUCAUUGGCCAUCAGAGAAUCCACACUGGAGAGAAACAGUAUGAGUGUAAUGAAUGUGGCAAGACCUUUAGGCAGACAUCUCAGCUCAUUAUUCAUCUCAGAAUCCACACUGGGGAGAAGCCCUAUGAAUGCAACGAGUGUGGGAAAACCUACCGGCACAGCUCCCAUCUCAUUCAGCACCAAAGACUUCAUAAUGGGAGAAAACUGUAUAAAUGUAAUGAAUGUCCAAAAGCCUUCGCUCACAGUUCCCAACGUAUGGACCACCAGAGAACCCAUACUGGGGAAGAACCUUAUGAUUGCAACAUGUGUGGGGAAGCCUUCAUUCAGGGUAAAAAUCUUAUCCAACAUCAGGUAAUUCACACAGGGGAAAAACUUUACAAGUGUAUUGAAUGUGGGAAAGCUUUCUGUUCCAAUAGGAAUCUUGUUGAUCAUCAGAGAAUCCACACUGGGGAGAAGCCUUAUGAGUGUAAUGAAUGUGGCAAGGCCUUUAGUCGAAGUAAAUGUCUUAUUCGGCAUCAAAGCCUCCAUACUGGGGAAAAACCAUACAAAUGUAGUGACUGUGGGAAAGCCUUUAAUCAGAACUCUCAACUCGUUGAUCAUGGGCGAGUACAUACUGGAGAAAAACCUUUUGAAUGUAGUGAAUGUGGUAAGGCAUUCAGUCUAAGUAAAUGUCUUAUUCGCCAUCAGAGACUUCACACAGGUGAAAAGCCCUACAAAUGCAAAGAGUGUGGAAAAUCCUUCAAUCAAAACUCACACCUCAUUAUACACCAGAGAAUUCACACUGGUGAGAAACCCUAUGAAUGUAAUGAAUGUGGCAAGGUCUUCAGUUACAGUUCUAGCCUUAUGGUACAUCAGAGAACCCAUACUGGGGAGAAGCCCUAUAAGUGCAAUGACUGUGGGAAAGCCUUUAGUGACAGCUCACAGCUUAUCGUGCACCAGAGAGUUCACACUGGAGAGAAACCCUAUGAAUGUAGUGAGUGUGGGAAAGCCUUCAGUCAGCGUUCCACUUUUAAUCAUCACCAGCGAACUCACACUGGAGAAAAGCACUCAGCUCUGGCUCGGUCAGUUUCUUAAAAGCCUGGUUCUUUAAGGUAGAGAGCAAGGUAGUUUGACUUGAGUUACGCUUUCUUUA